UGGGUAGGAUUUGCCCAGUGUUCUUGAGUGCGCAUGCGCAGGUAGUGGUGUAGGAGUCCGAGCAGCUGAGGUGUGGAGAGAGGAGAGUUUCUCUGUGUCUUUGCAGUUUUCUUUUGUAUUUUGACGUCUCUACGCUAUAGUUUCCGUCCAUGUCAGAGGCACAGGCCGCUCUUCUGCUUAGGAAACAGCUGGGAGACCUGAGCAAAAGUCCGGUCGAGGGGUUCUCCGCCGGGCUCAUAGACGACUGCGAUGUUUUCAAGUGGGAAGUCCUUAUUAUAGGGCCGGCAGACACGUUCUUUGAGGGUGGCUUCUUCAAGGCCCACCUGUACUUCCCUAAGGAGUACCCCCAGAAACCACCCAAGAUGAAAUUCAUCUCUGACAUCUGGCAUCCAAAUGUUGAAAAGAACGGGGAGGUGUGCAUUUCCAUCCUGCACGAGCCUGGGGAGGAUAAGUACGGUUACGAGGACGCCAGCGAGCGGUGGCUGCCCAUCCACACAGUAGAGUCCAUCAUCAUGAGUGUCAUCUCCAUGCUCGCAGAUCCCAACGACGAGUCGCCAGCCAAUGUUGAUGCUGCUAAAGACUGGCGGGAAGACUACAAUGGAGAAUUUAAGAAGAAGGUCAGGCGCUGUGUGAGGAAAAGUCAAGAGAGUGUCUAGGUCAAUCUCCAUCUUUUUAACAUUGUGAAGGUAAAGCAGAGGGACUGUUGCAGCUCUGCUGAAGGCAUGGCUUCCGGCUUACACCAACAUGUACCUGUAUAUUGUCUGGACUAAUCUAGCUGUACUGCCAUCCCAUGUAGCACAACAGAUAGCACCAUCAUAUGUACCUACAAACAGAGCUUCAGCAAAAAUGUAGCUCUGACAUUAUCACCAGGAGUACAAUACAAGUCUGCAUAGGAUGGCAGUACAACACUAGGUAUGGAGUAUGUUUUAGUCUGUGAAUCAAAUGAUAAUAAUCAAAUCAUCGACGCAUCCUUCCUUCUUCUGAUCUCAGGGAAAUCUCUCUCAGCAUUCGGGGGAAGAUGUCUAGUCUGUAUGUGGUGUACCUUCUACUUGUAGUGUUGGAAAAAUAAGUAAUAAAAAAAACAACUGAUGUUAGUUUAGCUGGAAUCACCCUGGAAUGCAGAGGGGAUGUUCGUUGAGGUCUGGCACUUUCAGGCUCGUGUAACUAUGCUGAUACUUACAAUGAUGAGAAUUUGUAGCACUGUGAACCAGAAUUCAAUGCUCUGCAGUUAGUUGGUGCUCUCUGCAGACAAGUUAGCAGUUUGCACCCUGCUUUUAAGAACCCUGUCAAGGUUACAGUAUCCAGGAAAGUAAAUGGUGUGCUCUUGCAACUGUCACAUUUCUGCAGAAAGCAGGUAACUUUGUUACAACAGGGUUGGAUUUGAGUGCAGUCCAAUUCUCUCCAGUGAGCAAAAAGCAGUGAAUUCUCUGUCACAUGUUACAAAUUCUCAGGCAGAUAGUACAGAUGCUUACCUGGGCCAUUGAAAAGAUAGACUUGCUGUGGCUGUGCAUGAUUAAACAGUUACAAUAGCCUGGCACACUCUUUACCACUUUGAAAGGGGGAUGAUAAAGCCCUAGAACCGCAGGAAGGGAAGGUUGGACUGUUGUAAAGACCGUGUUAGAUGUAGACCAGUAUGAAAACCCUGGUGAGAUACCAUCUCCAGAGGAACUGGUCUGUACGAACAACUAUACAGCAACUCUGAUACUAACUCUCCGUUGUACUUGUAAACAAAGUGCUCGAUUUCUACGACCUACGUAUGUACAUAAUGCGACAUCGCAGUGUGUCUUCAUUUAACCUUCUCUUUCCUUCCCUCUGUUGGAUAACUUUUACAUUUGUUUGUUUUUGCACUUCUUCACCUAUGCUUUUUGCAAGCUGCCUCCUUUGUUGCACUGGUAGGAAAAUGGUUCCCAAACAUGAAGAUUGGUUGCAAGCAGAGAGUUUUCAUGACACAACUAUGCAACUAUACAACAAAUGGUACUCCAACCUUCUGCCUGGUAAUGUCAAAAAAGAUAAAAGUUCUCAUUCACAUUGCUGUGGACAUUAGAGGCAUGAAGAGGGCAGUGACAAAGUAUACAACAUCGCAGCAGAGAGUUGUUUUUUCAUCAGUUUGAUUCUUUUUUGUAGUCAACUUUGCUGGCUUGCACCAUUUCUUGCUGUAUAAAGUGUACUUGAUCAAGUUCGCAUCCUGUUUCUGCUCUUUAUUUCUCAUCUUGCUUUAUAAUCAAACUGAGCUCAUUUGAUAAUGAUAUGCACCAUGUAUUAUUAUAUGACUGUAUAGAUGUUUUCUGCGAGUGGUAAACAGUGUUAGCUAGCUUUGUAGUUCCUAGCGUCCCACUCCAGAUCAACCUUAUAUAUCUGCGCUUCCAACAUGAGAAAUGAUCUUAGCUGUAGUGCAUAUUUUAGUGGUGACUUGGUUACCACUUGCAGAAAAUGUUGACAGUGUCUGUGUAGCUGUGUUAGUGGAUAUAUUGUUAGUACUUCCAGCAGAAUAGAUGUUACACUACAAACUGUGUUCACUAUAGGAUAAAAUUGGGUGUGUUAUGAUGCAUCUUGAAAAAAAGUCAAAUCAACCUUGUUACAACCAA